AGACGGCACUUUCCAUCGCUCUAAUUGCCUUUCCCACACCCAGGCAACGUUUCCCAUUACCAAGCCAACGUGCCACAUUUCCACAUUCACAAAGGAACCCGAGCACAAAAAAUUUGAGCCCCAAUUGACAAAAUCACGAUUCAUCGAACAACGGCGACGACAACUUAACUUUACACACAUUCGCAGCUCGAAGUCAAAGAGACUCCUGCAAUCCGCCGAAUCCCAAAGAAAUCCGCGAAAAAAAAGAGGAAGGGCCAGGAGUGGACGACGGGGCAGAAAUGUUUGGCAAUUGCAAGUUGGCGGCAACUUUUAGGCCUUUGGGGCGUCUGCGUUGGCUGAUGGAAGGAAGCUGGUCCGGCUACCAAGGAGUUGCAUUGUCAGCUAAGCGAUCUUUAAUAGGACUGCACUAUAAACAUUAUUGGAAACUGUUUGUUAGAAUUUUAGAUACAAUUAAGUUGAACUGUACUCAAUGCGGACAGGGCGAGUUGGUCGAAAACGGUACCAGCGGCCGAAAGUUGCGGGUGUUGGCUGCAUUUUCCCAUUGCCGGCCUAUCGAAAUUAUGACAAUCCCGGCAAUGGAAUAA